GGUGGCAGCAGGCUGUGAGCAGCGCCGGGGAAGCGAGCCGAAGCAAGGAGGCAGCGGGAGCUCUUCCUGGAGAUGUCCAAACAAGGAGCUGACCUCCACAACUGCGUACUGAGAGCAACUCGCCUUGCUGAAAGCCGCCAGUCUGGGGCGGGCACCGAGCUCCUGGCUGCCAACACCGCCCUCCCCGUGCCACGGGGCUCUGCAGCCACGAACAGCCCCUCUGAGAACGUCGGAGCGGGUUUUUGAAAAAAUGGUUUGACUCAAGUGGAAAAACGCCUAGCGAUAGCAAGAAAAAAAAAAAAAAAACUUCACAAACCGAAGUCUGCGCUGCGUUAUAUAGAAAAGUUCUUCCACUAGGGGGAGUUCGGCUGCCAAAAACAAUCAAGCGUUACUGUAGUACACGCAAACUGCACUCAAAUCGCAUCCAAAAAGAAAAAGGGGGGGAGGAGGGGAGAAAGAAAGAAGGAUCUGAGGAGAGGGCGAACUCCGCGCGGGCUCGAGGCGGCUCGAGACAUCGCGGCCGCCCGCUUCCCCAGUGCCGUCGAGGCCGCGCGCCCGGAGCGAGGAGCGGAGCAGGGCGGCGGCUGCUCACAGCCACAGCCGGCACUGCAAGCAAGCGGCAGCCCAGCCCGGAUAGUAGUAAACAAAGCCCCCCCAGCCCACCAACUUUUUGAUAUAUAUAUAUAUAUAUAUAUAUUUUUUCCUUUCUGUUCUUUUUCUUUUUUUUCGGUUUCUCCGUCCCCUCGCUGGCACAGCCGCUCCCCCCCUAAACCGGCCGCGGUACUCACGGUGCGCGGGGGCCGGCGGAGCUCUCCGCGACCUUCUGGCGGCGGGGCUGUUCCCGCCCUCCCUCCUGCAGAAGUGAUGUCAGACGAGGGUUGGGUGUGGAAAGAAAAUAAUUUUCAAAAGUGCCCCUCAUCCGCCUGCAGAGGCAGAGGUGCGUGUGUGUGUGUGUGUCUGUGUGUAGAGGGAGGAACGGGGCGAGCACGGGAGAAACUUUUCCCCGCCCGCUUCCACUCCGCCCCGCGGCCGCAGCAGUCCCGUGAGCACGGCCCCACCGCCCCGGCCCCGCGGGGAUGGGUAGGCAAUGCUACUUUCACUCACAAAGAAGACAACUUUUGGUUGCCUUGCAGAUUUUUUACUGUUGGUAGAGCCCCUGUGCUCACUCGGAGGGCUAAGAGGGCCCGUGUGCUGGUCAAAAUCAGGCCUUACCACUGUUUAAAGUUGGCUCUUAAAGUCUUCCCACAAAUAGCUGCUGUUCUGCUGAGCAAAGCCCAGUUAGUGCCUAACCAAAAGCUAACAGCACGACCUGCAUUGCCUCUCACUGCGCUCCCUCUGAAGGGCAACACUAGCGGACAUGCACAGCUGUCAGCAAUCUCGUGUCCUGCUAAGAAGCAGAAUUACAGCAAUGUGGUGAAAAGAUUGCUCCAGCAGUCUAAGUUCCAUCAGCUUCAAACACUAUGGGCAAUUCAACUUUAACUGUUACAACUACCAAACCUCAAAAAAAAAAAAAAAAAAAUCACUUCAGAAUCACACAUAUGACCAUCCAGUGUCAUAAACAGUCCCACCUGUACAACUUCAGAUUUCUACUAGCUCAUAAAUCCCAAAUUCUGGGUAGGAGAGAUUGGCAAAGUGUUCCAGUGACUGCUUCCUUUUGUCCUUCCAACUUGCCUUGUGGUUAAGACAGGAGUUGGAACACCGAGUGGUUCUAAGAGGGGUGCUCAUAGCUCUGAAGGAGCUAAAGGGAGAAACUUGGGAGUGGCAGUGGAAGAUGUGGCCCUGCUUGCUUAUGCCCAGGGAUUUUGGGAAGGAAAUACGUCAGGCUGAGCACUGAGAGUGCAAGCACCUGACCAAAGCAUUAGAGCUGAAAUAAUUCCAAACAUUCCCUUCAGGUUUGCCAGUGGAAUUGUGGUAUUAACCAGAACACUUGAUUUUUAAACAAAAGAUGUUGUUUCUUACAACUUAAGUGACUAGAAAGAGGAAAACUGACUGUUAUGCUUCAUCAUGUACUGCAUUAAAAGCAUUGCCUGCUGAGCAGAUGAUGAAUUACCACCGAGUCAUUAAUUCCUUGCAGGAAAAAUAAAAGUGUUUGAGAAUGAACAUACUCCUGUUUUUCACAUGAAGAGGCAGCAGUUGCCAGUUAGCUGGGGAGCUGUAGAAUGAACUUGAAAAUGUUCUUAAAAGAGCACCGACAGAAGAAACCUCGUGUAUUUCAGGAUGCAUGCAAAAUAUCCUGCACAAUGAAAUGUGAAACAAGGAGGGAGAAGCAGGGAAGCCAGAUGAGAGCGUGGUGCCACAGCAGCUGUGUCUGUCCUGAUGACUCAACUGAUAUCAAUCAUGAUGCUGCAGACAUUUUUGUGGAGGAGAUCUUCAGGGAGGAAUUAAGGAGAGAAUUGACUUUGAACUGCCCGGGAACCAGCAGCGCCCAGGCGGGUCGGGCCGCCGCCUGUCAGGGAUGCCCCAACCAGAAGCUCUGCGCCGCCGGCGCCGCCGCGACGGACCCGGCCGAGGCGGCGGAGCUGCGGGAGCGGCUGCGCGGCGUGAAGCACAUCGUCGUGGUGCUCUCCGGGAAGGGCGGCGUGGGGAAGAGCACGUUUAGUGCGCUCCUGGCCCACGGGCUGGCGGCCGACGAGAGCAAACAGGUUGCUCUGCUGGACAUCGACAUCUGUGGGCCGUCCAUCCCUAAGAUGAUGGGUCUGGAAGGAGAACAGGUUCAUCAGAGUGGAUCAGGAUGGUCUCCAGUGUAUGUUGAGGAGAACUUAGGUGUCAUGUCAGUGGGGUUCUUGCUCAGUAGUCCUGAUGAUGCUGUCAUCUGGAGAGGACCGAAGAAAAAUGGGUUGAUCAAACAAUUUCUUCGCGAUGUGGACUGGGGUGAAGUUGACUACCUGAUUGUAGACACCCCUCCAGGAACGUCAGAUGAGCACCUAUCAAUUGUACAGUACCUCAGUGCAUCGAAUAUAGAUGGCGCUGUUAUCAUUACUACUCCUCAGGAAGUCUCACUUCAGGAUGUUCGGAAAGAAAUCAACUUCUGUCAUAAAGUGAAACUGCCAAUCAUAGGUGUUGUGGAGAACAUGAGUGGCUUUGUAUGUCCAAACUGCAAGAAAGAAUCUCAGAUCUUUCCCCCAACUACUGGAGGCGCAGAGAAGAUGUGCCAGAACUUAAAUGUUUCCCUCCUGGGUAAAGUGCCUCUGGAUCCUCAAAUAGGAAAAAGUUGUGACAAAGGUCAGUCUUUCUUGUCUGAAGUGCCUGAGUCUCCAGCGACAUCAUCUUACAGGAACAUAAUUCAAAGGGUUCAGGAGUACUGUGAUCAGCACCAUUUUCAAGAAGAAAAGAUUAUCUGAAUAGAAUAAAAGUAUGCUUCAUGUGUAAUUAUAGAAAAGUAACUUAUGCCUUGCCUUGACUUACUAUAAGGAAUGUAUUCUUUUUGUAUUUUGCAAAUAAAUUCUUAGUAUUAAUGUCA